GGCCCUUCGUAUGAGAACUCCAGAAGGUAAAAAAACAAAACCAAAUAGAAAUGGAAUUUGGCGGUUAGGGUUUUAGGAGAGAGAGAUUCCUCUGACUCUCACUUUAACUCGCUUCAUCUCAACUCCGGUCUGCUCCGAUUUCUGCUCCGACCGAACUCACGAGAAAUUGUGGGCAACUUGGGAAGCAUAAAAAGAUUCUAGCAAUUCAGUUAAGUUAUCUGGAUGGCAGAGUGGGGUGUUCGUCGGCGAGUUGCAUACCUUAAUCAAAAUAAUCUCCAAGUUGCAUCCAGCAUCAGUAAGGAAGAAGAGGUACAAGAUUCCAAUAAUGAAGUUUUAAGUGGCGUGGCAGAGGAUUCAAAAGAUGAAGUUUUAAGAGCUGUGAAAAGUGAAGCUCUAGAGAUCCCAGAACCCAAAAGGAGAUGUCUUGACCGUAGAUCUAAAGAUGUACAUGCAACAUUGCGAGAUGAGAAAAGGCUACUUGGGCGUAGGCCAAUGAAGAGAAAUGAUACUAUAGGAGGAAGAUGGACUGUUGAGAGGUAUAAGAGGGCAGAGGAAAGUCUGUUCAAUGUUCUGGAGGCUCAAGAUGCAACUUUCACCAAUCCAAUUGCCAGGGCAGAUCUGAGAUUGGCAGCUCGUAAAAAAAUUGGUGACACUGGGCUGAUUGACCACCUACUGAAGCACAUUGAUGGUACAAUUGGACCAUGUGGGACCAAGCGGCUUAGGCGGUGGUUCAAUCACAAUGGAAUAAUGGAAUAUUGGUUGGAAAGUGCGGAACUGGCCGACAUUCGGAAAGAGGCUGGGCAUCAUCCUUAUUGGUAUCCACAAGGCUGUGGCCCCUAUGAGCAUUAUAAUUCUUCAGAAGAAGUGAGUCUACUCAAGGCAGAGUUGGAUAAGAUGAAAAGUGAUAUGCAGGAGCUCCUGGUAUCCAAGAAGCAAGAGAAAGAUCAAAUCAGUAUGCUGGAGGAUUUAGUGAAAUGGAAAGCUCAAAUUGAGGAAAGCUUGAAACUUAAUUUAGGUUCUUGGAAGGGUAUACAGGACAAGUUGGGUGAGUUCAUGAUAUGGAAAGCUUCUGUUGAGCAACAGCUGCUGGAAUUUACAAACGUCACUAGUAAUAUGCAAGUAGAGAAGCAAUUCACUGCUACCAAGCUUGUAGCUUCAGAGCGAUGGGAAGAUUGGUUGGAUAGUGACAAUGUCGAUAAUUUCCAAGGAAAUGAACUUUUACCUUGGUUUGAGAAUACCAUUCCGAUUAACACUGAAGAGGAGGUUAUAAUCCAACAUCCCCACUCAUCCCGACCAGAUCCCCCACUAGAUGGAUCAAAGACUGGUGAUAGCUCAUCUCAGGACCCUAUUUUCACAACGGAGGAAAUGGCUGAACUGGAGAGGGAGAGACAUGUGCCGAGGCUAGAAUGGGAGACGCAGACCAAACAUCAAGCUAACGUGAUUCUGAAUUCUUCUUCUACUGCAAGUUCGAAGUCUGAUGUUGAUAAUCUGCAUUUGUUUCAGGAAAUGUUACAGGAAUUGUUUAGUUGGAAAUCUCAAAUGGAGCAGAAAGUAAGCGAGUUAUCAAAUAUCGUGAGUGCCCUCAAGAAAACAUGAAUUUAAAGUAUGGUAUAUCAUUGUGAGUGCCCUUGCUUCACAUUAGACCUACCACCAGAAGAUUUAGACUUUGUAUAGUGUUUACAAGCUGAUGCCUGAAUAUCCAAUCCAAGUACCAAACCAGUGAAGAUCUCAUUUUAACUUUACAUGUCGAUCCCAAACCCUUCAAGCGUUUUGCUCUAGUUAGUGACAUUUCUUGAAUGUUAGUCUACCACAUAUUGGUCUGUGAGGAUGCUACAAGAGAAAUAGUCCAGUGGAUAUACUUUCGUUAGGGUCAAGUAAUGACAAAUGGUAUGAUGCAUAUAUGUGCUCAA